AUGUCAUCGGCCGAUGAAAACGCUGCUUGUAUGAACAGUGUCUACGAAUUUAUGCAAGAACUGAACACCAAACAUGAAAAUUAUCAAAAUCAGUUCACGGAAAUAAAGAACUCUCUUCGUCUUAUUGAAUAUAGUGAUGCAAUCGAAGACAGUUUACGUACAUAUAUUGAACAACAACCAAGUAUUCGAUUUCUUCGAUUAAAAUGUGAAUUAAAACAAACAUUGAUUAACAAUGAUUAUCAAGAUCAAAUGUUUGAACUGAACUAUCGUCAACAUCAUCCAACUGAACAUCAACAACAAUUGGCUAAACGCCUGUAUGAUAUGAAAUUUGCUUUGGAAAAAGCCAAACAACGAGUGGCUUUCCUGAAACAAUGUAUUGGUUCAAAUAUACCACCGAAGUCAUUCAAUUCUCUUGACAACAUCGCACUGCCAUCGUUUAUCCGUUCCAGUCGACGAUUAGCUGAUCAACACGGGAAGAUUAUUCAACGAACCAAAACAGAUCUAUUCACUGUUUUUAUUCAAGGUGCCGAAUCAACAAUGCGUCAAUAUCAACAACAAUUCG